GCUCACAAGACCCUCUUCGAUACCGGGCUGAACGUACGUUACGAAGUGGUCGGCAAAGCCUACGUGGACCGCUCGCUGGCAAAUGGCUCCUCGCCCUUCGCGCGGCCCAUGCAGGAGCUCGUGACGGAAGCGUGCUGGGGCUCGGUGUGGGCGCGGCCCGGCCUAGAACGCCAGUACCGCACGCUGCUGAACAUCGCCACGCUGUGUGCCCUGAACCGCGGGCCCGAGUUGGCCGUG